AUGGCAAUUCAUCCGUCAUCCAACAAAAAAUCAUCCUCGACAUUAUCCAUGGCAGAUGUCUCUAAAGGUACGAGCUCAGUAAGGCACGUCUCGAAGACCAUACAGGUCAUGAAACCAAACAUUAUGAAUACAGCUAUUACGGAGAAGGACUCCCUUUAUUAUGUUUGUAAGAUGAUGAAAAAAAGAUUGGCCAGUUUACCUCAAUUACAACCAUAUUUGAACCUUGCAUAUUCCUCUAGCGAAGUAUUAAGCGAAAGGCAAUCAUUACUAUUAUCUCAGAAACAACAGUUGUUUGAAAAAGAUAGUUCUUCAAAUAGUCAUAGAAGUGUUUCUUCUGGAUUUAGCAAUAGAGAUAGCAACGAUGCAGGAACGGUUACAAACCCUACCUUAAGAUCCAGUUCCAUAUCUGCAAGCAGUUUUAGAGAAGAUGCCCUAUCAUUAGAUGGACUAACAUACUCAGCAUCAGGAACAGGUCAUGACCAUACUAAUAACAAUAAUUUAGGCAAUAACUCAACAAUGGAAGGAACAUUGUUAACAUUUAGCAUGGGGAUCCUGCCCAUUACUAUGGAUUGUGAUCCUGUGACGCAACUUUCACAAUUAUUCCAACAAGGUUCCUCAUUAUGUAUCAUCUUUAACGCAGUUAAGCCACAAUUCAAGUUACCAGUAGUAUCCUCCGAUGAUGUUAAGAUCUGUAAGAAGUCUAUCUACGAUUUCAUAUUAGGUUGCAAGAAACAUUUUGCAUUCAAUGAUGAGGAAUUAUUUACAAUAUCUGACGUCUUUGCCAAUUCCACCAGUCAUUUAAUGAAAGUCAUUGACGUUGUUGAAACUCUAAUGAACACAGCACCAGACGUUUUCCCACCUAUUGAAAAACUUGAAGAAGCAGAAAGAGAAAAUGGUUCUUCUAGCCCCACUACACCUACAGCUAGCAGCGAUUACAUCAAGAUCAUCAAAGAAUUUGUUGCUACGGAGAGGAAAUACGUUCAUGAUCUAGAAAUAUUAGAAAAAUACAAGAAUCAAUUGCUCGAGAGCAAUUUGAUUACUUCGGAAGAAUUAUAUAUGCUUUUCCCUAAUUUAGGUGACGCAAUAGAUUUUCAAAGAAGGUUCUUAAUAUCUUUAGAAAUGAACGCCCUUGUUGAACCUUCUAAGCAACGAAUUGGGGCUCUUUUUAUGCAUUCAAAAUUUUUCUUCAAGUUAUAUGAACCUUGGUCCAUUGGUCAAAAUGCAGCUAUUGAUUUCUUAUCGUCUACUUUGGACAAGCUGACAAAUGUAGAUUUUGUUAUCAAUAACAAGUUAGAAUUGCAAUCGUUUCUUUAUAAACCAGUGCAAAGACUAUGUCGAUAUCCUCUUCUAUUGAAAGAGCUUCUUUCCACUUUUAACAAAAAUGAAAGUUCAAGCGGAAAGACAUCGAGUGAACUAGAAAUUGCUUUAGAUAUUUCUAAAAAAAUUGCAAGAAGUAUCAAUGAAAAUCAAAGAAGGACAGAAAAUCAUCAAGUUGUAAAAAAGCUUUAUGGGAGAGUUCUUAAUUGGAAGGGGUAUAGAAUUACGAAAUUCGGGGAGUUACUUUAUUUCGAUAAAGUGUUUAUUUCCACUAAUAAUUCAAAUGAAUCAGAACGUGAAUUUGAUGUCUAUCUUUUCGAAAAAAUUAUUAUUCUUUUCUCUGAGGUAACAAGCAAAAAAUCUUCUUCACUAAUUUUAAAAAAGAAAAACACUUCAUCUACUUUAAACUCUACGUCCUCGUUGACAUUGAAUUUAUCAUCUAACAGCAGUUCUUCAAACCAUGGUCAACAACCUAAGCAUAAUUCAUUUGAUAACCAUCACAAUUCGUUAUCUAACCUAAAUGGUCUUUCAUAUGGUAAUAAUUCUUUAAGCUCUACGGAACCAAAACUUGAUUUGAGAGGUCGUAUCAUGAUUAUGAAUCUAAAUGAAAUCAAACCAAUAAAACCAAGAUCAUUAAGCAUAACGUGGGAAUCAGUAAAGGAACAAGGCAAUUUCCUAUUGAAAUUUAAAAAUGAAGAAACAAGAGAUAAUUGGAGUUCGUGUUUACAAUCCUUGGUACGUCGCAUAAAGAGUGAAUCUUACAAAAGUGUCCAUAGUAAUGAAUUUUCAACAUCUUCUUCUUUAGCAUCCCCAUCGUCAGGUGGUCAUAGACACAAUCAUGAUAGUGUUACCUCUGUAAAUAGCGGUUACAUGAAACACAUUUCAGACAUGUUGUCACCAGCAAGUAAUCAACACAAUAGUCACUAUCAUAAUUCAAAAAGGGAGUCAGCGGUUGAUAAUGAAAGUAAGAUACUUUCAGAAAACUACAAAAAUACAAUUCCAGCAAAUUCCAUUCUCAUAAGAAUAUCAUUUAAUUCAGAUUUUUAUACUGUCUUAAUUGAUUUAGAUGCCACUGUGGAAAAAUUAUUGGAGAUGGUAAGAAAGAAACUGAAUCAUUUGGGGAAAAUUGCCAAAGUCAAAUACAAAGAUGAAGAUGGAGAUUAUGUUAUCUUAGAAUCUGAAGAUGAUUGGAUUGUAGCCAAAGAAAUGUUAAAUGACAAUGACGAGAAGAUGUUGAACGUAUGGGCAUAUACAUAA